CUCAAGUAAAGUUAGCAGUGAAAACACUUCGCGUGCAACAAGCAUGAAAGCGGAGCACAUGGGUCGUGCUAGUAUGUAAAAGGACAGAAACCAACCAAAACAUUCACCGCCAUCUUUAUUAUUGUCCUAUGAUGGAGUCCUGUCCGUAAACAAUGGAUAAAAUAUGGGUUUGCAACAGAUCUUUGCCAUAAAUGGCUUUGCCUAUAGAAGAUGUUUUGUAGUGUCACGACAUUUUUCAACGACUUGUAACCGUGGAUUUCAGACCGUCUACGGAAGGAAUGCAAGGAGGCUGAGUAGCUUGAGCAACAAAACCAAUUGCCAUGCUCAAAGACGCGGUGCAGCGCAUAAUGGGCUUAAUUUUCCAUCAAAUAACAAGCUUGGCCAAUGGAAUAAACAUCUUCUAUCUCCAAUCCAAUUAAUUCAACUACAUAGACAUAUUAUUAGUUCUUCAAGCACAGUUUCAUUAGAUACAAGAGACGAUUUCUAUUUGCUUAAAAAUGAACAGCCAUUGCAAAAUCAGUAUAAGUUUUCAAUUUCUGAGAAGUCACCAUUUGUAUAUGCCAGGGGGGUUUCCACAUCCUCCUUUAAAUUUCUAAACAGCGUAAAUAGUAAUUUAUCUACAGUAAGUUUCUUAAGGGCUUUGCACACCUCCAAUGCAUUGUAUGAUCCACCUGAGACAUCAGCCAAGUCAAAAGAGCCUUUGAGACAAGAGGAGAAGUCCCGUGUUGAGGAGACAGUUGAGCAAAUUAAAAAGAGAAAGGAGGAAGCAAAAGAGCUAGCUUUCAAGUAUGGAUGCAGCCCAGAAGAUCUGGUAGAGUCCAAGGCAAAAGCUUUGGCACAAGCAGAGAAAAAAAGUCUUUGGGAGAAAGUGAAGCAUGAGGCUGUUCAUUAUUACAAUGGAUUCAAGUUGUUGUAUUUUGAAACAAGAAUUUCUUUAAGGUUGCUUUGGCAAGUUAUGAAUGGGAAGAGCCUGACACGCCGAGAGCGUAGGCAGUUUUUGCGGACAGUGGCAGAUAUGUUCCGUCUUGUACCAUUCCUUGUUUUCCUUGUUAUCCCCUUCAUGGAAUUCUUGCUGCCAGUUGCAGUAAAACUUUUCCCAAACAUGCUGCCCAGCACAUUUGAAGAUAAAUCUAAAAAGGAAGAAGCAAGGCGCAAAGAGCUGAAGGGUAAGAUAGAACUGGCCAAGUUCUUGCAGGACACUGUGGAAGAAAUGGCUGUUACUGCAAAACAGAAGAAGAACCAGGGGGCUGUGGUGUCUUUUGCUAACUUCUUUGAUAAGAUUCGUACGAGAGGUGAGCAACCCAGCAAUGAAGACAUCCUGAAAUUCUCCAAGCUCUUUGAAGAUGAGAUCACACUUGAUAACAUGAGCAGGGGCCAACUCAAGGCAAUCAAUGGUCUUCUGCUUCUGCCUUCCUAUGGAACAAACAACUACCUGAGAUUUCAGCUACAGAUGAAACUUCGGCAGUUGCGUACUGAUGACUUGAUGAUCAAGAAGGAGGGUGUUGACAGUUUGAAUGUCCAAGAAUUGCAGUCUGCAUGCCAGGCCAGAGGCAUGAGGGCCAUUGGUGUUCCAGAAGCCAGGCUGAGGUCACAGCUUAGACAGUGGUUGGAGCUCCAUCUAGAUGAAGAGGUUCCCAUUUCCCUGCUUCUGAUGUCCAGGGCCUUGUACCUUCCAGAGACAGUCAGCAAUGUUGACAAACUGAAGGAGACCUUGUCAAAGCUGCCAAACAAUCUGGUUGGAGAGACUGAGGUCAAAUUGGCUGAGUUGUCAGGAGAGCUGGUUGACAACAAGCUGCGUCUUGAGAUACUAAGACUAGAAGAACAAAAGAUCGCGGAGGAGAAGGAAGAAAGCAAAAAAAGGAAGCAAGAAGAAGAGGCGGAAAGAGUCAGAAAGGCCGCUGCUGAGACAAGAGAACUGUUAAUUUAUGAGGCAGAAGCGAUUGCUGUGGAUGAAGAAAUCUCCAAGAAAGAUUGGGAAUAUGUGAACAAAGCGAUUGAAAACCCUCGUGAAGUGCUCGAGAGGAUCAAAGGCGACCGCGUGGAAUAUCAAGAGGAAUUGAAAGAGCUCGAGCUUGAAGACGAGGAGAAGCUACUGACUGAAUCCCUGGGCUCCACUAGACUUGGCAAGCGUGUUGACAAGAUGAUAUCAAGCAUUGAGCAGAAGCUACAAAACCUUGAGAUGGAACUGCGGGAGUCGCCGGAGUCUACCAGAAUCGAUGCUGAUGGGGACGGAAAGAUCACGACAGACGAGCUGAUAAUUGCCCUUCAGACACUGCAGAACCACCCGAGCGAGGCCAAGUGCCGCAAGAUCGCCGAGAUGCUGGACCAAGACCACGACGGCGCUCUGGAACUCGACGAUAUCGAGACGGUUAUUGAGCUGCUUUGCAUGGAGGAUGUGGACUUGAGCCCGGAGCAAAUCGCUGAGAUAGUCCAGCUGAUAAAGCGAGAGAAUGAAAUCAAGGGGGCAUCUAAAACGACGCCCCCAAACCAACCCCCUGAACCAGAUGACGAAACGAUGGAGCAACAACCAGAAUCUGAUGAGCAACAGCCUCAAGAGAAACAGUCCUCGAAGGACCCUUAAACGACGCAACGCUUGUAAUUACAAUACAAGCUACAUUGUAUUUUUUUCCGACUUACCACCGGCAAAGUGUGCUGUAACUAGAAAAUCCAGCGCCUGAGAAUAAUAAAGUUUAUAAUUCUCAGGCGCCAUUUUCAUUUAUAUAACCUUUGAAGAAUACUUUGCCCUUCGCGGUGCUAGCUGUGUGUUUUCUUGCUGUUGUGUUUUCUUGUCAUUUUUCCGUAAUUUUGAAUUUGUUUUAUGUCGGGGUGUUUUCAACAUGAUGUUUUCAACAAACAAGUGCAAAGGCGACUUUUGUGAUAAGACAAUUAUUAUGUGGUCCAAUAAGGGUCCUCCUUGAACGGUGGAAAAAUGCUAGAAUGUUCAUUCUGAUUAAAAGUGUAAGAUAUCUAGUCAGACCGGGGAAAAUACUCAAUAAAACAGUUUCUGUGGAAGUAAAAAAAUUUUCUUGCGCUUCUCAUCAUUCGACAACUUUAACACCUUUGUUCGCUUGUACAUUGAAAUUUUCAGAAUUGAUAAAUCUAGGCGUUAUUUCUAUCUAAUAUAAUAUGCAGUUCAUAUGGAUAACAUAUUUCGGUAUUUCGGUAGACCUUCCGGUCCGACUCGAGCAACCCGUUUAGUAGGUAAUGGCAAUCGAAAUACGGUGAUCGACAGUGUUUCCAGGCAAUUGCCCUUUGUGGAAAGCGCGGAAUCAAAUAGGGUUUCUCAAAGCAUUCGAGAAAAGUAACGAAAUGCGUUUGGAAAGCUCUAGAUGUUUGAUUUCUGUUAGAGGAAUAUAGAAACUAAUGAAAAUGAUUAAUCUGGAUGUUGUGCAAUAAAAAGAUAAUGUGACAUUUUGGUAUUUGUUAAAGUAGUUUGCAAUCUUAAAUGGAAUUCUGUUUAGCAUGUUUUCGAACAUAAUGGUGGAUGUUUUUUUUAACUAUUAAAGACUAAACAACUA